AUGCCUGAGAUGCAGACUUUCUACCACGCCACGCGUCGGCCCCCCAGCCUCUACCUGGAGCCCACCUUGAUGCAGAGACGUGUCCUGGAGGAGCAGGUGGAGCUGUGGUGGUUCAGAGAGCCGCGCCGCUCCUUGCUGUGUUACUGUGCCUCGGUGGCCCUCAUACUGGGACUGGGCCUCGGCGGCGUGGGCCUCCUCUCCACCACCACGAGCCUGUCCGGGGAGUGGCGACUCGGGGUGGGCACCACCCUCUGCCUCUUAGCCCUCGCUGUUCUACUCAAGCAGCUCCUCAGCUCUGCCAUCCAGGACAUGAACUGUGUGCGAAGCUGGCGCCGCAUCGACCAGCUGAAGAGCGGCGGGAGGGCUGACCCGGCGCUGAUUCUCGCUGUGGGGUUGGCAGUGACCCUCUGCGGGACAGUGCUGCUCUGUAUGGCCACAAUCGGCAGCAGAGGUUAUGACAGCAGGGAGAUGUUGGUGUCUGGGCUGGUGCUGAUGGCCGCUGGCGCCGGCAUGGCUCUGGCUGUGGUGGGCUACAGUGUGCUGGUCUACCUGAAGAGGCGGAGGGAGCAGAGGAGGAGGAGGAUGAUGAUGAUGAGGAUGAGCAGAGCGAGGAGGAUAGGGAGUCGAGCUGUCCGGGUGUUCAGUGUCUCAGGGGGACAGAUGAGCCAAGCCAGGAGAGAGACGUCCUCCAGCAGGAGCAGCCUGAUCUGAAUGAACUUAAACAUGUUAAAGGAAAACAAAGUAGAAAAGUACUGUCAGUGCCUUAUUUGAGACGUCA